UAUAAUAUUUUAAAGACAACACAACUCAAGCACACAAACGCGAACACAACACCCGUAACAAGAGAGAGAAGCAGCAGUGUUGAAACAUAGGAGAAAACAAAACCCAGAAUCUUGUUUUGUUUUCAGAGUGAAAAACAUCUCUACCAUUUCAAUACCAGAGAAGAAAAACAAAGGUUUCAUUGGAUCAUACUUUGGGGGGACAGUUGCUGAAUUUGGAAAAUUUCCCAAUUUUGUAGGGUUUGGAUCAGAGACUGUGAUUGAAUGGAAGACUGUAUAUGAUUUUGCCUCAAAUGGGCAAAAACUCUGAUCUUUUCAGAAUUUUGGAUUGUGGGUUUGGAACUAUUUACACUUGGAGAUUGCUUAAGAUGAUGGUAUUUAACACUGCUUCUUUGAGCAUGGAAGAAGACUGCGUAUACCGUUAUCAGUGAUUGAGAUUUUGAUUACCGUUUUUGGACUCGGUGCAUAGGCUGAAGGUCACCAUUUUUGGUGUUUUCCUUCUUUUUUUGUUUUCCACUUUUUGACUGGGGAGUAUUUUUGGUUGAGAAAAAAAUUUGCCGAGAUUAUCGGGUUUCUGUGGUCCAUUUUAGUUUCUGAAGCAGCCCUUUGAGUUGACAUAGUUUAUCUGAGCUUAACACGGUCACACGGUCCCACAGUGAUCCUAAUCCUACACUGAUUGGGGUUGUGUUGAAUCAUUUACCGUCAUAAUAUUAGGAAUUUUAAGUAGUUUGAUUGAGUGAUUGCUUUGUUGCUCACUGGUUUUGAAUCGAUUUCCAGUAAUAUAGUGAGAGCCGUUUGAUUAUUUUGGCGAAAGAAAGUGAACCUUGGUGGUUUGGAUAAUUUGUGUGUGCAAGUGGUUGAUGGAGGAAUAUUAAAGCUGGAAAUGAAUGUGGUGACAUGGUGCAUGGACAAGAGCAUAGUUGCUGGUUCGUUCCCUUUCUGGAACAGUGCUGGAAACUAAUUGGAUUAUUACUCUCAAUUUUGGAAGGGUCAUUUUAUACUAGGCAUAUCUGGAUUUUGUGCAAUGUCGCGCUGCUUUCCAUUUCCACCGCCAGGAUAUGAAAAGAAGACUAGAACGGAUGAAGUUGACUUGCUAAAAGAGGAAAAACAAAGGGAAAAAAAACACAAAAAAGAUAAGAAGGACAAAGAGAAGAAGGAAAAGAGGGAGAAAGAAGGACGGGAUAAAAAGCCUAAGGAAAAGGAUAAAAAGGAAAAACACAGGGAAAAAAAGAAAGACAAAGACAAGGACAAGGACAAGGACAAAGACAAAGGAAGAGAUAGAGAUAAAGAUAAAAGUAAAACCAGUACUGCUGAUGGCAAAGGACUUUCUGGACAAGCUGAGGGUCUCAAUGCAGGUAAACUCCAGAAGGAAAUCAAGCCUGAUAAGAAGGGUCUCUUUGUCGAUAAUAAAAUUAUCAAACAGUAUAAUGGACACAAUGGGGAGAUGGCUAGAGAGAACAAUCAUCUGGCUGAGGAGAACAAGGAUCCCAAAUUCCUUCUGGAGUUCGAGAGGAGAAUUAAGGAUGAUAAUGGAGGGGCUGGUAAUCAAUUGGUUCAGAAGUUUACCAAUUCAAACCAUAGGAUGGAUGAGGGGACUGUUAAGUUUAUGGCUAGGAGUAGUGGAACCUUGCGUGAUGGCGGUGAAAAACUCAGGGAUAAGGGUUUGGAUGCUAAGAAGAUUGAUGGGAAAGGAAUGCUUGCCGAGGUACGACCUCUUGGAAAUACUACAGUUCAGAACCAUGCUGGAAAUUUUCAUCCUAAAGCUGAUGGAAUACCCAUACCUAUGGGGAAGUAUUUCGACAAGAACUUGGAAGCAACCAUUGGAGGGAAAGAAAAGGUUGAUGAAAAGAAAGACGAAGGAAAAGAAAAGGUUAAAGAAAAGAAAGACAGCAGAAAAGAAAAAGUUAAGGAAAAGAAAGAGGAAGGAAAGGAAAAGAUCAAGAAAAAUAAAGAUGAUAAACGAGGAGAAAAAAGAAAAAAUAAAGAGGAGAAGAAAGGACACGGGAAGGACAAAGACAGGGAUAAAGAGAAGAAAGAUAAGACGAAGGAGCAUACUGAACUCAAAACCACGGAGCUGAAUAAAUUAAAAGAAAGCAACAUUGGUGGUCCUAUACAUUCAAAUUCCUUCACACAGAUUAGCAAGAACGGCCAUGAGAAUUCUGUUGGCGUUGAGAAUCCCAAGAAACGGAAGGAGACUGAGUCAAAUGGAGUUCUACGUGCCAAUGAGAAUUGGCCGAGUAAGUUGCCAAGACCAUCCUCUUCCCACCCUCUCACGGAAAAUGGAAGGAUAUUGGAAGCUUGCCAAAUUUCCAUUCCAAAUGCUUCAGAUGGGCCAGGAAUAGCCACCAGCAGUGCUAAGAUAGAAAACAAGGAAUGCAAGAUAAAUGGCUUCGUUGAAGCUCAACCACUUGCAGUACCCUCAAAUAAGACUCCCACUGCAACCGUGCCAAUUGUUCCGUUAAUUGAAGCAUCUUCAAAACCACCUCAUCCAGAUACCAAGUACCUAAGCCGCAUAUAUUCGGUACCUAAAGUGGAAUGGUCUGAUUUGGAUGGUCAAGAAUGGUUGUUUGACAGCAGUAUUUCACAAGAAAGAGAACCCGUGGUGAAAUCUUCAGAGGCUGGGGAAACACCGCAAGUAUGGGCAAAAGCUGUGCACGUAGAGCCAGCAGAUAUUUUUGCCCUGCCAUAUGUCAUUCCAUACUAAUUAAUUAUUUGAUUGGCAAACAAUACUUCAAUUAUAUCUGCUGCACAAGAACCUCUUUUGGCAACAUGUAUGGGAGGAACCACAGCACUUGGGGCUAGAAACUGAUUCCAAUCUUCUUGAUGUGUUGUUCUGUUGUGCUUUGGCAAUUGGCAACAAGUAAUGAGAGACUGUACGUGCAUUGAUCUUGAACUGUUUGGAUGGUUACUUGUGCAACAGAUUGCCUUGAUUUUGCACUGAUUGGAAGCAAUCGGUUGUCACGAACUGUUGCAUUGUUGCAGGCCAUGAUGAGGUUUUUGCGUCUUAGUGAAGUUCAUCUAGACGGAGAGAUUUAAUAGAGGCAGCCGUACAGGUUGUGGAGAAGGCGAGGGAAGAGGUAUAACUACAAGCUUUUGCUACUUGUUUAUUCCAUUUUUACUGAGAGCAGAACUGCUCUUUCUAAUUGAGAAUGAGAAUGCAAGUGCAACCAAAUGUGGUCUUGAUUUGCAACUACACCACAAUUUUGAUUUGUAACAUAGAACUCCUAUUUACAAGAAUGUGUAUGAUAGAGAAGGGAUACAAAGUAGUCGGAUUCAUUUAUUUAGUUUCUUGUAAAUUUUAUUGUUUAUUUCAUCAUCUUGUAGUAAUGUUGAUGAUCAAGGUUAAAUUGAA